AUGUCUACCACGACGACAACCACCACCACCGCCACGGCGACCCAGCCCAUCACCGCCGACACCAUUCUGCGCUUGUUCCCGGACAUUGACACCACCUCCGAGGCGCUGUCCGGUCACGACGAGGAGCAGAUUCGCCUGAUGGACGAGGUCUGCAUCGUCCUCGACGAGAAUGACAUGCCCAUUGGCCAGGCUAGCAAGAAGCUUUGCCAUCUCAUGACCAACAUCGACAAGGGUCUCCUGCACCGCGCCUUUUCCGUCUUCCUCUUCAACGACCGGAACGAGCUGCUCCUCCAGCAGCGCGCCGCCGAGAAGAUCACCUUCCCCGACAUGUGGACAAACACCUGCUGCUCCCACCCCCUGGGCAUCCCCGGCGAAACGGGCUCCAACCUCCCCGACGCCGUCAUGGGCGUCAAGCGCGCGGCCCAGCGCAAGCUCGACCACGAGCUCGGCAUCAAGAAGGAGCAGGUGCCCUUGGAAAACUUUCAUUUCCUGACCCGCAUUCACUACAAGGCUCCCAGCGAUGGAAAAUGGGGCGAGCACGAGAUUGACUACAUUUUGUUUAUCAAGGCCAACGUCGACCUGAACCCUAGCCCAAACGAGGUCCAGGCUACCCAAUACGUCAGCCCCGACCGCCUCAAGCAGCUCUUUGAGGACCCCAGCCUCAAAUUCACCCCUUGGUUCAAGCUCAUCUGCAACUCUUUCAUGUUUGAGUGGUGGUCUCACCUCAACUCGGGCCUUGAAAAGUAUAUGAAUGAGGAGAAGAUUCACAGAAUGUAG